GACCCUCUGGGGCUUUGUCAUUGAAAAGAUGAAUAUUAUCAGAAUUUGAUAUGGAAAAACAAAACCAUGGUGUAUUAAUUUGCUAAUCUAGUCUCAGAAAGACACCGCAGUGUGGGGAUCGAAGGGCUGAACCUGUCAAACUUUGAGCAGUCAAUGGCACCAGCAACAACUGUAAUUCAAGAUUUCCGGAUAUUUGUUGGAACAUGGAAUGUGGGUGGAAAAGCUCCCCAUCCUGAGCUUAACCUUGAGGAUUUCUUGCAGGUUGAGGGCUCUUCAGAUAUAUAUGUUUUGGGAUUUCAGGAAAUAGUUCCUUUAAGCGCAGGAAACGUUCUGGUGAUCGAGGACAACGAGCCUGCAGCGAAAUGGCUUGCGCUCAUAAACCAAGCACUUAACAAACCAAGUCAUAAUGACUCUAUUAACUCUAGUGCUUCAGGCAGUGGUACAUCAAAGCACUCUAACAAUUCAAAGGAAUCAAAGUCCAACUUCUUCCGGAAGCCUUCUCUCAAAGUACUUAGUCGGAAUCUGAGGGCAGAUAACGGGCUUCUCAAGGCCUGCAACUGCCAUUUGAACACACAGGUCUCAAACAGGCGGAGGCCGAGAAAGCUUAGUGAUCCCAGUGCUUCUUCUCUAGUCCAGCGUGAUUCAAGUGUCGAUGAAUUCCUCUCCAUUGCAGAAUUAGCUACUACCUCGCUAGACACGACCGCCAUGAGUUACCGGCUUAUAGCAUGCAAGCAAAUGGUGGGAAUCUUUCUCUCAAUUUGGUCUCGGAAAGAACUGGUGCAUCACAUUGGCCAUCUCAGAGUCUCCAAUAUUGGAAGAGGAAUCAUGGGUUGUCUUGGCAACAAGGGGUGUAUAUCAAUAAGCCUGUCAUUGCACCAAACAAGCUUUUGCUUUGUUUGCAGUCAUUUGGCUUCUGGGGAGAAGGAGGGAGAUGAGCUAAAGAGGAAUGCAGAUGUAGCUGAGAUCCUAAAAAGCACACAAUUCCAAAAGAUCUGCAAAAAUCCAAAUCGGAAAAUCCCAGAAAGAAUUAUCGAUCAUGAUCGAGCAAUUUGGUUUGGCGACUUAAAUUAUCGGGUAUCUUUGAGCUACGAGGAAACAAGGCUUUUGUUGGAGGAUAAUGAUUGGCAGUCCCUCCUAGAGAGAGAUCAGUUGAAUAUGGAAAGAGAAGCAGGAAGAGUGUUUAAUAGGUGGAAUGAGGGAAGGAUCUUCUUUGCCCCAACUUACAAGUACUCACACAACUCAGAUUCCUAUGCUGGCGAGACUGUCAAAUCCAAGAAAAAAAGGCGAACCCCAGCAUGGUGUGAUAGGAUAUUAUGGCAUGGUAGCGGCAUUGAACAAUUGUCAUAUAUUCGUGGGGAAUCUAGAUUCUCGGAUCAUAGACCGGUUUGUGCAGUCUUUGCUAUCGAGGUAGAGAAAAGGAGUCUAAGCAAAAAGUUUAGAAAGGGUUUCUCUUGUGCCACCAGAUUCGAAUUUGAAGAAUGUAUACCACAAAGGCAUAGUUUCUAUGACUUUUAAUCGAGUCCUCAAAACUUGUAAAUAUAUAUAGGGUUUUUUUUUUCGAGAGUCUUGGGAUGAAAUUAAGAAGGAUCACUUAAUAUUAGUUCUUGACUAGAUAAAUCUUUGUAUUUGUUUUUCUCCCUUUUU